AUGGGCAUCAGGGCAGCUUGGAAGGAGGACCUAAACGCAACACCGGCGGAACUAGUGUUUGGAGAAUCAAUCCGCUUACCAGGACAAUUCCUAAGCACGCAAGAGACAACAAGUAAAGCAGACACAGACGACCUGAUAACGAGAUUGAAGCAAACAAUAAAUCGGCUAAGCCCGAAAAUCAAACGUCAUGGUCAGAGAUCUACAUUUGUCUUCAAAAACAUGCAAACAACUCCAAGAGUGUUCUUAAGACAUGACGCACCACAUGGAGCAUUACAACCUCCGUAUGACGGCCCAUACGAAGUGGUAAACCGAGGUGAAAAAACCUUCAAACUAAAAAUUAAUGGUAGAACUAUCAAUGUUUCAAUAGAUCGCAUCAAACCAGCCUACACCUUGGAGGAGGACAGCCACAGCCAAACAGCCAAGGAGGACGAGAAGACAGAGCAGAAGGAUCAACCAACCACAGAGGUCAAAACCAGAGCCGGGAGGACAUCAAGGCCUCCGGUCCGAUUCAACCUCGCCUAA